CUACGACACAGAAGUACUUAAGGUCUGUUCUUACUGGUUUUUCUAUAACUAGGUACUGAUCCUAAUAAAAUACCAACAGAUGAAGUUAUCAGUUUCCCAAAAUUAAGUGUGCGUGCUCAGCUUGGUGCAGAAUCAGAGCAAUUGCUGAAGAGAGGACAAAGCAUUCCAGACACAUUGCUAGUAAACAUCAUGGUUAAUGCUAUUAAUGAGAUACCUAUGCAUUGUGGCUGGGUCCUUGAUGGUUUUCCUAUGACCCUAAACCAAGCCCAGCUCCUGGAAGAAGCUCUUACAGGCUAUAACAGAAGCCUUAUCGAAGCAGAGGGAAAGAAAACGCAGAUACCUACACUGGCAGUUGAUCCUACAACUUCCAAAGAAGUACCCCCUCCCUCUUCAGCAUUUGACUUUGUGCUAUUACUCGAUAUUUCAGAUACUUCUUCGUUGAAUCGCCUGGCUGAAGACAUUUCACGUGAAAUUUCUCAGGAAGACAUUGGUCAACCGGGAGCUAUUGAGACCCAUAAGGAAGGGGACCAGAACUUAAAAGACCAAAUACAGCAUAGGAUUAUAGGUUUCUUGGACAACUGGCCUUCAUUGGAGCGCUGGUUCUCAGAGCCAGAAAAUGUUUUGAUAAAAAUCAAUGCUGAAAUAGAUAAAGAAUCUUUAUGUCAAAACGUAAAAGAAAUUUUUGCAGUUGAAAUCGAUAAAAAAAAGAAUAAAGUGGAAAAGAAAUUAGAAGAAAAGAAAUUAGAAGCUGAGAAAAAAGAAGCACUAACUGUAAGUGAACCUCCAUCUCUUACUCCCCAACAACCUGAACCAGAAAAAGAGAAGGAAGUUCACCAUCCUCAGGACACUUCAAAAUCUCCUCCAGGAAAAGGAAAGCUACAAUCAGGUGAUUGAAAUGGUGAUUUAUAAUGUUAUUUGCUAUUUUCUUAUUUUUACUUAGGAAAGAAUUAUAUAGU